GCCAUGCAGGUCAUGCAGGCGGGGCCGAUGACGCCCGCAAGGGCGAUGGUCUACGAGAGCCAGCAGCGGGCAUACUGGAACCCGAUGACAAGCGAGGCUGAGCUCUACGGUGGCUUCGGCGGGUACGGGCCCUGGCGCGGCGGGUACGGAUACGGCGGAGGCGGGUACGGAUACGGCGGCUGGGGCUACGGCGGCGGGUACCCGUACGGCGGAUGGGGCGGGUAUGGCAUGUACGGGAUGGGCGGAUACGGCGGCUACAUGGGCUACCGCCGCGGGUCGGGGUACAUGCCGUACGGCGGGUGGGGGUAUGGCGGCGGGUACGGCGGGUACGGCGGAUACGGAGGAGGGUGGGGCUAUGGCGGGUACGGCCGCGGCAUGAUGGGCCGGCAGAACGCGUAUUGGCGCGGCAUGGGCGGCUACGGCGGCUACGGCGGCUACGGCGGCUACGGCGGCUACGGCGGCUACGGCGGCUACGGCGGCUACGGCGGCUACGGCGGCUGGGGCUACGGCUGGUGAGCCUUGCGCCGGUUUGCCUGGCCGAGUCGGGCGCUGCUGCCUCCGGCGCUGGUGCGGGCGGUGGCUGUGCGUGCGGACGCCGGGCGAAAUCCGUGGUUUGCUUCCUGUUGGAUGCCGCGGCGAUGGAUGGCGAAGCUGCACACUUUAGAUGAUGAUCCCUGGCCUCACUCCCCGGGGGCGAACGGCCGCCCAAGGACCAUGGGGUGAGGGGCAGGGAAGGUGCGUGUGGGUGAGGUGCGGCCGAUCAUCGGCCACGUUGCUGGCGCACAGACGCCAAACACGAAGUAGACUAGGAGAGAGAGACGCACAGUGCGCUGUGUCGUGUGAGCGGGUGCGAGGGAGCGGGGCGAGAGGGUAGGCGCCGAGUCUAAGUGUAGUGUACAUCAGUCAUCGCUUUUGCAACCAGAGAUGCAGUGUAACUC